GUCGAUCCCUCUUCCGCUGGUUUAAUUAAUCGGUUUGUUUGCCUUAGCUUGUGGGCUCCUCCUGCUGGCUGCAUCCCCUCCAUGAGAAAGCGCCUGCUUUUCUCUCCUCCCUUCCAAUCUUUUUAUACCGCCCCGGUCGUCUCGCUCUUCCCUUGAUUUCCUCUCACCUACACUUCUUCCUCGAUCUCAUCACCCCUCCCUUCCUAAUACUUCAUCUACUCCACCUCCACCAGGCUUGACGCCUCUCCUCUACAACCAUGUCCGUCGUCUCUCUCCUCGGGGUUAAAAUAGUCAAUAACCCGGCCUCUUUCCUCGACCCCUAUCAAUUCGAGAUCACCUUUGAAUGUCUUGAACAGCUCCAGAAGGAUCUGGAGUGGAAGCUCACCUACGUCGGCUCUGCGACAUCCUCCGAGUAUGACCAGGAACUCGAUUCCCUUCUGGUCGGACCCAUCCCCGUCGGUGUCAACAAGUUCAUCUUCGAGGCCGACCCGCCAGAUCUCAAGCGCAUCCCUACUUCCGAAAUUCUCGGCGUGACCGUGAUUCUUCUCACAUGCAGCUACGAUGGCAGAGAAUUCGUCCGUGUCGGAUACUAUGUGAACAAUGAAUACGAUUCCGAAGAGCUGAUGGAACAACCGCCAGCCCGGCCGAUCAUCGAACGCAUUCGCCGGAAUAUCCUGGCCGAGAAGCCCAGGGUAACCCGUUUCGCGAUCAAGUGGGAUUCGGAGGAAUCCGCCCCCGCUGAAUACCCGCCCGAUCAGCCAGAAGCCGACCAGGAGGGAGACGAUAGUGCGGCGUAUGGUGCGGAAGAAACAGAGCUAGAAGCCGCCCUCUUCAACGAGCUCCGGGAACUCGAAGCCCCCAAGGGCGAGGAUCACGAUAUGGAGGGAACUGAAGGCCCUGCCGUCAAGGAGGAAGAGGAGGAGGACAUCUCGGAUGCCGAGAGUGAGGAUAUUGAGGAUGAGAGUGACGAAGACGACGAGGAGCUCGACGAGGAGGAGGGUGAUGAUGGCGACGAGGACGUCGAGAUGGGGGAUGAUUCUGAGCCGAAGGAUGAGUCGGCUGGAGGUGCCAGUAACAACCCGGCGGCCCACCAGCAGGCCGAGUUGAUGGUCCACUAAAUUGAAGCGAUUUCGUCCCGGCAACAAGCUGGGACUGGUAUAUUUCACUCUAUUCUUAUCCGUCGAAUGAUCUUAUGAUUGGGUUGCAACGUUUCAUGACAUCCGUCUAUCAUAUCCUCAAGUUUUACAGUAUUUAGUUUAUGACAUAGAACGAAUAUAAUCCGAAAAUCGAAUAUAACU